AUGUCGUCACCGACAGCGCAUGACAGCAUCGCUGACCAUUCCACUCCGGUCUGGGAAUCGCAACGACAUUCCGCGUAUGACAGUCCAUGGUUCCGCACACCUAAAACGGAAUUCAAGCGCCCUUUCGACCGCCACCUUCGUUCGCCCAGAAACUAUCGCAAACCCGCCUUCACGGUGACCGAACGCAUAGCCAAAGCUAAAUAUGAUCAUAAAGACCCUGUGGUUAAUGUUGUUUACAAGGACGACGUCGUUUAUUUCGACCACGCAGACAUGAAUAACCUUUAUAAUCGCUCCAUGGAAUUUCUCUUGAAGGAUGUGGAUCCAGAAGACGAACCCGAUCAGCCUCCAAGCCUGUUUGAGUAUUAUUACGGCAGAGAACAUCCUCCGGAGACAACGCCCAACGCCUCUCUUUCUGACACCGACAAUGACAGCCAACAAGAGUGUCCUGAGCAAGACGACGGUGUGUCCACUGCGACGAUCGGUUCAAAGCACCGUAUUUUCGACUAUGAUUUAGACCUCGACGAAGGUCAAGAAAACGAGAUGCCUCGCAAGCAUCAAAAAACGCCUAUUCGAUAUGACGUCGGUAAAUACAAACCUCGUCGAUACGUACAUGAAGCGGCAUCGGUCGCUUGCUUGCAAAAUGAGGAUACAACAAUAAUCGAACGGUUACCCUUGGCAGAGAUGCCUCUCGAUGACUGGCCCGUGCAAGUAGUAGAAGGCAAAAAGCCAAAGAAACAGUGGAUGACCCCGCUCAGUGGCCCGCCACGAUCGAACAACGACAAGACGACCCGAACGAUUCGUUUCCGAAAACCUAUCUGUGCACCUCACAGUUCGUUCAGACACAAAUCCUAUAUCUGCAUUUAA